UCAGGUUCAAUCACUUCAAUUCUGCUUGCCCCGCGCUCAAAUAUUCGAGGCUAGGUGCAUCAAUCCACAGCGUAGCUCGAUCAGCACCAUGGUUCCUGUCGCUGUUUUCAAGGUUACAUCCCAUUAGCUAUUCUACUCCACUUUACCUGCCAAUGUUCCUGGUGGCUCCAUACAAUAGCCUUUCUCCCACUUCAUAUAAACUGAACAAAUUACUCCCCCUCAAAGUUACCUACCUAUAAAUACAAAAUAACAACCCCUAUUCUUGUCCCCCACUUUCGUCAAUAUAUCCUAUAAAUCUGUGAAUACCCUCAAACCUUCCAAAAUGGGAUCCUCCGGUCCCCAACCACCAUACCCCCUCCACGCCUCCAUCACCUCAAAACUCGACCCGGACUACGCAGCCUUCUACAACACCCACCUCAUCGACAAACAACAAGUACACCUCCAACCCGUCUCCGCUUCCCGCACCUCCGGCGUUCUGAUCCCCGGCGCGGGCCCGAAGCUCCCGGUGGGAAAAACAGAAGAUUUCCUCGUUCCCCGAACACAAACCAGCGGUCCCGACAUCCCGAUCCGAGUCUUCACUCCCGCUACCAAGAAACCGGAAAACGGAUGGCCGGUUAUGAUGUAUUAUCACGGCGGCGGCUGGGUGCUGGGGAAUAUCGAUACUGAGAACGUGGUUUGUACCAAUCUGUGCAAGAGAGCUAAUUGCGUUGUCAUUACCGUCGAUUACCGACUAGCCCCAGAAAAUCCCUACCCAGCAGCCGUCCACGACUCCUGGGAAUCCCUCCUCUGGCUCCAAUCCACCGGCUCCUUCCUGCUGUCUUUAGACCUCUCCAAAGCCGCAAUAGGCGGUUCGUCAGCUGGCGGGAAUCUAGCUGCUAUCAUGUGCCACAAAGCACUUUCGUCCCCGUCUCUAGUUCCGAGGUUUAAAGCCCAGCUUCUCAUCGUGCCGGUAACUGAUAAUACAGCUCUGACAACCAACAAUGCUUCCUGGAAAGAAAAUGAAUUCGUACCAGCGCUGCCAGCGUUGAAGAUGUUGUGGUAUAGGAAUCAUUACUUACCGGAUGAGGAGAGCUGGAAGGAGCCGGAGGCUAGCCCGUUGCUUUAUGAGAGUGGGUGGGAGGAGCAGCCAAAAGCGCUGGUGGUGGUGGGGGAAUUGGAUGUGUUGAGGACGGAGGGGGAGGAGUAUGCGGGGAAAUUGAGAAAAGCGGGGGUAGAAGUUGAUUUGAGGAUUAUGAAGGGGAUGCCGCAUCCGUUUUUGGCGAUGGAUGGGGUUAUGAGGCAGGGUGCUGAGACGAUUACUGCUAUGGUUGAGAUGUUGGUUGAGGUUUUUAAGUAGGAGAUAGGAAAGGAUUUUAAGAUGCGGAAUGUGGGGUUGAAAACGGGAUGGGAUGGAAAGAAUGUUGUUUUAAGUCUGAAAAGAACUAGAAUGAUGAUACCAUAAGAAUUCCCCGUUGGAAAGAUUCACACCCGUGCAUCUUACAUCGA